UUGACAUUGAUCCAACGUAGCUGGCAUUCCUGGUAGUCCGACGUCGAGUGCAGGCCCUUCCCGCGACCACGUGGACAUAUAUAUGAACACGUACAUGGCGCCGUCGAUGCCCAAGGAAUCCCAAGAGCUCAUCGACGACAUCGCAUCGUCGGUGGCCUUGGCGGCGCAGCUAGACCGUGCCAAGCGCCACAGCACGGGUUCGAACGCGACGGACCGACGACGCGAACAGUGCCGCGUGAGCCAAAGGUCUUUUCGCGAACGCAAGAAGAAAGAGCACGAAGGGAUUGAAACCACCGUGCAGUCGCUGGAAGAGGAAGUGCAGCGGCUGGAGGUCCAAAAGGCACAGCUCGUGCGGUGCGUGCCACUGUCGACCAUCCUCGUGCACCAACCCGACUUUGACGGGGGGGUACCAACCAAACUCGUGCGGAAAUACAUAUCGGUCUUCAAGUCGGGGUACAUUCCGUCGAAAAGGCGCAUGAGCGAGCGGCAAGAAAAGUUUAUUCGCGCCAUUGCCCAUGAACACAUCAACUACAACGGCUCCAUUGGCGUUCACAGCAUCCUUGCGAACUGGGAGCGCUACACCAACUCGUUUGCGUCGGUCAACAUGGAAGCGCUGUCGUGCGACGUGAUGAAGACAGACGACGGCGCGAUUGUCAGAGGGGUCACCAAGUCGACGCUCAAGAUGAACCGGCAGUCCAUCAACUUGUUCUUCCCCAACUGCCCCGACUGCCUCAAACCGUCGUUGGUUCGAACGAUUCACCCAACGAACGACCGAACCAACGAUACUAAUCUCGUGUCUAGAUUGGACAAAAUCUUGUCGUGAUUGCCACCAUGCAUUGGUCCUUUGACGAGCACGAUGUGUUGACCCUGCUCUCGGGACGCGCCGACUUUACCAACGGACUCUUGGCGCUCCUUCGCAACCCCGACGACGUCGAGGCGGUGCUCGCGCGGUCCCGCAUCAUUCCGCCCGUCGUCACGCACGCCCCACCUGCAUCACUCAAUGCCACCGACACGACCAGCUUCAAGAUGCACGUGGAUUUCCAGUCAUAACGUAACCAUGGACCUAUGUAUUCCGCCCACGUGCAUAUUGCAGAGUGUGUUAGCAGAGUUUAUCGAAACAAUCACGACCUGCAUGACGAUGCUCUAAAACUAC